GCGGCGCCAACCUGGCCGCCCCCGCCGCCCCCGCAGAACAGCUACCUGCCCCCGUCCAGGAACGGUGGCGGUGGUGGUGGCGGCGGUGGAGGAGUCGGCGGCUACAACGGCGGGGCCAACCUCGCAGGCAGCAACGGCGGCGGCGCGGCGCCGGGCGGCGGCAACGCCAAGCCCAUCGGCAUCAUCAAGCUGGAGAACGUCAACAACGGCGACGGCUCCUACAUGUUCAGCUACGAGACGGAGAACGGCAUCCAGGCCGAGGAGAAGGGCGAGCUGAAGCCGGGCGGCGAGGGCGGCGAGGGCAUCCAGAGCGCCGUGGGCUCCUUCUCGUACACCGCCCCCGACGGCCAGCGCAUCGAGCUCUCCUACACCGCCGACGAGAACGGCUUCGUGCCCAAGGGCGCCCACCUGCCCACGCCGCCCCCCAUCCCGGAGGCCAUCCUCAAGGCCCUCGCGCAGAACGCCGCCGAGGAGGCUGCUGGUAACUCCGGCGUCAGGUAA